AUGUGGAAGAGCGGCGGUGUUGGAAAAAAGAACCAACCGGACGCCAUAGAUGAAGUUGAAGAGCUGCUGAAAUCGACGGAAGAUGACCUUCUCCUCAAGCUCACCGUCAAUUCUCACAUCAAAUCCAAAUCCAAAUCCAACUCCAAGUUCGAUCUCUUACCGGAAUCCUCCCACACCAACGCAAUAGACCCAGAUCUCGAUCGUCGACUGCAAGCUCUUAGAGCCAAACCCUCCAAAUCCAUCCCUAAAGAGGCAAUCACUGCCGAUCAUGAAGAUUUCGAUAAUCUGCUUGCACGAUUCGCCGCUCUUAAAGCUCCUUCUAAAGCAACAUCUACGUCUAAUUCUACUCAGGGGAAUGCUGUGAAAGAUGACAUUUUGGGCAUCGUUGAUGACGAAGACGAAGAAGAUGAAGUUUCGAAGAUAAUCAAUUGGGCAAUUGACGCAGCUCGACUCGACCCUUCUCCUUCCUCUGACGUCGACGAGGAUGAUGACAGCGAUGGCGAUUCCGAUGAUGAUGCUAAAAAGAAAACAUAA